CCCAUAUACCUUCAUAAUAUUCAGACAUAUUUAUGGCCACAAUACAUGUCUCACUGACGAAAAUCUCAUGAAAUAUCAUCAUCAUGUUUAUCGUCUAAUGCUGGACAAAUACAUCCCCAUAUUCUCCGCCUUCCUCAUGACCUACCUUACCUUACCUUCGUCGACCCGUAGGAGGGCGUAUACUAACACACUCCGAAGUCUUCCACUCCAAUGGUUCUCAGUUAUACGUCACAGCAGCUUACUGCUUUCAGGAGCUACGUCAUUAUCAGUCACCAUAAACCUUAGAUAUCAGUUAUGAUUUUAUGCAGUUAAUGGUGAUAAAUACACUAACGGGCAAUGAUAAAGUUCCAGUGACAUGGACGGCUAUGGCUGGUGGAACUAUUUCAUUGCUCGCGAGUGUAAGUACUUACUAAUGUGUGUGAGUAGAGUGGUUGCAGGAGCGGCAGCAUGGCGCAAGGGCUGGCCCGCGCGCUUGCCGUCGUAGCCAUCGUGCUCAUAGCGGCGCCGCACUUCACCGCACAACCACCUACUGCUGAAGAAUCAAUCGGAAAGGAUCGCACACAAAGACAAGCGUCUCUAAAAUACAAGAAACAAACAGCGGUCAAACCAAAGUGGGGAUUUUUUGGUACCAUUUUCCACCUCAUACUAGAGCAAGUUAACGACACAAAAAGCGCAUACAACCAGAUUACCGAAUUAGUGAACAAUCAGUUCACGGACGAUAAUGUUGUCCCGACAGAACCAGACCCCAAUAACAAUGGAACUACGGAGACUCCGAAGAUAUCCCGGGCAGAAUUCCUGCGGAUACUUGAUCGAAAUCUGAAGGGUUUGGCGCGUCUGCGGAACCUGGAGUGGCGAGAAGCCAAGAAGGACUCCUGGGAGAAUUUGCAGAGAUACAAAGAAGAAAUAUUCAACGGGAAAAAAACUGGAAAACGAAGAUAGCAUUAAAUUAAAUUCAUUUUAACUACUUCACAUAACUUAUUUAUUUGUGUAACAUAAAUAUUUAAUGUAAAGGAACCUCAAGGACGGUGGCACAGUGGGUAUCUUACCCGAUAAGUUUUACAUUUAUCUACCUACCUAUAUAUAUGUACUUAAAAAAAUCUAAGUAGGUUUGUAAUGAUUGGCUGCCAUCGUUCAUAAGGUACCUUUUCUCGUAAACUGUUACAUUUAAAUUAAAGAUUGUUUUAUUAUCAGAGUGCUCAGGUUUUAGAAAAGUAUUUUUUUCCUAAGCUGAAUAAAAGUUUCAGAAUUAUUUAUGUUAAGUAUAGAAUUUGUACAUGACUGCAGAUAGCUUGAGGGUAGGGGUAGAUAUAUGAAGUAGAUAAGUAAGUUUAACAGAUAAAGACCCCAGUACACAAGGGCCGGUGCUAGGCUAUGCACCAGCACCACUGUAGGCCACGAUCACAUUGACGCGUGAAUGGCUCAUUGCUGUCUGAUAAAACACUUGCGGUAUUAGAUUAAAAAUAUAAAAUCAAGAUGGUAUGGUACGUUUACAUUAUUAACAAAACGCAUAAAACUCUCCGCAUUUUGUUUACCGUCAACCUAAUGAAAACCAUUGUACCAAUAAAUAGUCACAAAUCAUCUAACCGAACCUAACUAAUUCAAAAUAAGAGCUCAGUGGUAGAAAAUGCAAUGACAAUGAUAUCGAUUCUGAAAAUUUUAUAGUUUGACAGCGUUAAAAUUAGAAUUUCUGCCUUCAGAAUCGACAUCAAUGACAGUCAAUCUAGUUCGUCAUAAAAUAUUGUUGGUCAGUGGUCACGAUGGAUUUAUUGACUACUUACAAGCACCUACUUAACUAUUACUGUGUACUAGGCCCUUAUGAGUUAAGAAAAUGGCGAACGGAUUCAUAUAUAGUAUACAUACAUAUAUACUGAUUGUAUGUCUAUCAACAUCCCUUCCGGCUGCCAUUUUCAUAUUGUUUCAUUAUCUGCGCGUUAUAAUUUUAAUCAACUAUAAGUCAUUUUUGUAAGUUAAAACUUAAGCAUAUUAUGUGCAAUAUAAUGUACAUACCUAAA